AUGAGCCAACACGACGAAAUGAAGCAGCAUAUUAAGUCUGACCAGAUACAAAAACUGUAUGACACUAGAUCCGAGGUCUCUGGCACAAGAUUGAGCAGGUCCUCAGUCAGUGCUGCAGCCACCAAAGCCAAAGCUAGAGCUGAAGCAGCCUUAGUAGAAGCACAGUAUGCAGCUAAAGAAGCAGAAAUGAUGAUCGAAAAAGCUAAAAUAGAAGCAGAAAAACAGAAGAUGUUAGCUGAAUUAGAUGCUAAUCUCUACGCCCUGAAGACACAGAGGAGCGCCACAGCCGCCUCAGCAGAAGCAGCAGUCUACGAGGCAGCCGCAGUGGAGGAGAAGGAUCCUCUCUCCGACUUGGUCCAGAUCUUGCCUCAGAACACCGCUCAACGCACCAGCGAGUACGUGCAGGCCCACUACAACGACCCACAGCAGAAAGCUUCGGUCCCGCAGCCGCCUGACACCACCUCCAACGCACGAGCACCCUCUCCACCGCCUCCAGCCUCUGUAGCACCAGAUCCAGUUCAGUGCAGGCCGGCCAGACAAGGCACAUAA